AUGUCAUCACAGUCCAAGAUCAACCGUCGCAAAGAAUCUCUCAAUUUUCUCGACAGCCUUGCCGAUCAAAUGAAUCAAGACAUCGAGUACAAUGAGGAUGUGGCCACAAAGCUCCAUCAGUUCAGCCAAAAAUUGGAUAAUAUCUCUCGCCGCCUUAUUGAUGCAAAUACCGAUUCGCAAGCAGAGUUGGACAAGAUCUCUCGCCGGCUUGCUGAUGCAAAAUCCAAUUCGCAAGCAAAUUUACACAAGAUCUCACGUCGUGUCAUCGACACACAAGCAGAGUUGCAAAAUCUCACCAACUCGAUCAAUCGCCGCAAUAGGGCCGAGUUCAAUUAUCGUAAUGAUGCGAGAUCCCAUAUCACAAGUGUGAUUUUUAAUGAUCUAUGUCUAGACGAUAGCCAGUCCAACGACUCUACAGAGGCCCCCUCUACACACUCCUCUCACCCAGCCGAUUCCACUCAUCUUCCUACCCAGCUUAUCCUCAGCCCUAUCUCCAUUCACUCUACCAUUCAAGGUGUCGAGCAGCAAGCCCAAAGCCACCACGAAAUCCAUGGCGCUGACAGAUCGCCUCCCACUCCACCUCCAAGACCUCGUGCGGUACCAACCCUCCUUACCUACUCAGACAUCACCGUCGUAGCAUCGAUCAACUCUACUGUGGAAGUCGUUCGAGAUCAGACUAUUGAAGUUAACCCCUCGACACUGGAAAUCCCGCAGAAAGAUGCUUCAACACCUCAUAUCCUACAGAACGACAACUCGACACUGGAAACCCCUCAGAGAGAUGCCUCGACACCUCACAUCCUGCAGGAAGAUGCCUCGACACUGGAAAUUCCCCAGCGACAUGCCUCGACACCCCAUAUCCUACAAAACGACGCAUCAACACCUCUCAUCCCGCAAUCAAAUACUGUGGUCGAGGGUGAUCUGAUGCCACAAGCACCGCCUCUCGAGGAGCUCGCUUCAGAAGCUCUGACAUCACUGGGUCAUGCUACAGAGAACUCGCCGAUCCUUCAUUCUUCCCCCAAUGAUCAAAUCAACAGCUGGACUUCAGUCCCGAGUCAUGGUCACGGAAAAAAAAGAGCGGCUGACACACGUCCCUCGCUUAGCAUGACUCCGUAUGACAACCUAGACCCAAGUCCGCAGACACCUUCUUCCCUACCUCAGUCCCUUCCGUCGAUUCCUGCAACUCGGCUAGACGAUGAACCCCCACUGGUAAACGCACAAACAAUGCCGUUGUCGCCCAUAGACGAAGCAGAGAUCAGCUUGGUCCAUGACAUCUUCAGUGAACUCGGACCUGGGGCGUCGAGAACAAUCCUCUGGCAGCGAGUCUCGGACGGCUUAGCACUUUUGGGCUUCUCACGCAUACCGGGCUCAUGUGGUAACGCAUGGUCGAGCUCACUCCGAGAUGUAUGCGAAGCAAGAGGCUAUAUGUGGGCAAGGGAAGUCAUGCAAAAAUACGCUUACAAGCCUCGAAAGAAGCGGAAGCGAGACCUGAGUAUCAUGUCUCUUUCAUCGAGCCCAGAGCCCUUCGUCGCUCGAUCCCUCCACAAACGACCAAAACAAAAGCGUAGAGGCCAGGAUACAGCCGCCAACUCAGUGGCAGCCCAGGAUUUUGACUUUGACCCACUGAUCUUUCAAAAAGCCCUUUCGUGGAAAGGUGCAUCCUGGGACGUCAACGCCCUUGCGUGGUCAUCUAGCGGCACCCAUUUCAUCGCCGGUGCCUGCGUCAAUGGCACGUCCCAUAGUUCCCACAAUCUCGUCUUUGGUUCUGCUCUUGAUGGUGUCCUGACUCAACUCCCCGGUCACCAACUACCUUUGGAAGGAUGGUCGGUCACGGGCCCGAAAUACUAUUCUGUGACUGCUGUACGCUUUUCUAGCAAUGGGACACACGCAUAUACUGCCGGAUAUGACAAAACUGUUCGUGUCUGGGACACUCGGCCUCCCGUUCCCCGCUGCGAGGGUGUGAUCGAGCACACGGGCAAAGUCGAGGUCAUGGACGUUUCGACUACUCAUCGUCUUCUUGCCACAGGGGCCACCGAUGGACCAAAAUCUAUCCUAAUCCACAACAUAGGAAGGAAUGGCCUCCCUGUAAACGACGCCAUGUAUCCUCUGAGAAAGCGCACCCAUUUUGCCUACAGUCCAACAUGCCUUCAAUUUGGCAGAUCCGAACCGAAUAAGAACUUCCUUGUUGCGGGAUUUAGUGCGGCCAGCACGGCCUUUGAGUCGCUCUCCGAUGACGGUCAUUUAGCAUUGUUCCAAAUCUCAGAAUCCCGCCUAUCACCCAUCAAAAUAGAGUCUGACAACACCCAAGUCUUCUCCGUCGCAUCGUUUUCUAACCGUUCUGGCUUCGUCUGUGGGACCAUGUCCGCCCCCGAGUUGACACGUCAGCAAAAGCACAAGACGCAGCUGAAUGUCUACGAUCUCAAAUGGAACCGUCCUGUUGCACGCCUUUAUUGCAAGGCCGCAGAUAUCAACGACGUCACCAUUUGUGAAACAGAUGAAAAUCUAAUAUCUGCCUCCUACACGGACGGAUCAAUUCGGAUUUGGGACUUGCGCCAACCCUCAACCAUUCUUCUUUCACUUUCACACGGCUUGCCUUUCACCUAUUAUCGGAAUAGUCAAGACAGAGAGCUUCAUGAUGUCGGAGUCAGGAUGACUGACUGGGGUGAUGGUGCCGGUAGACUCUUCACAGGCAGCAGUGAUGGCGUGAUACGAUGUUGGAAUCCCAAGCUUUCCCGCCAGGACGCUGAAGCACCAACCGUGUUCAAAGGCAACAGUGAAAUCAUGGCUGGCGUCUUCUCGCCCGACCGCAGAUCGCUGCUUAUCGGUGACGGCGACAGAGGCCUGUACUUACUCGCCAAGACUUUGGAAGAUGUUUCUCCCAGCGAGGCUUAUGGAAGUUUCGUCUAUCGCGAAUUCAAGCCAACGACCGUUAAUCCUAUUGGUCGGCGGGAGUCGGGGGGUUCAACUGUACAUUACAUGGCUGAAAGACUUGGGCGGCGAAGCUGA